AUGUAUGCGAGCACUGCCUUUCAACCCCUGAGACAACGUGCCACACUUUAUGGGAGUGUUCGAAAAUAUCUGAAGUAUGGGAAGCCAUGCUGGGGUGUGAGUUUCGGCAAGAAUCAGAUCAGAACGAGGCACUUGGAUUUCCCCGUUUCUCAAGUGCUACCUCAAGCUUCACAAGCUUUGUCUGACUUCAAACAGCACAAUAUUUCGCUCCCAUUGCAGCAGGGUGUCUUUGGGCAGUCACGGGUUCUGUCUCACUGGUCUCCACCUCCCACAGAUUGUUUCAAAGUUAAUUUUGAUGGGGCCACAUUUCCUGAGAUGGGCAAGGCUGGGUUGGUUGUUGUAAUCCGAAACUGGCAAGGGAAUGUUAUGGCUUCCCUCUCGGAACAAGCCCCACUUCCUUUCUCUCCCAAUAUUGUUGAAGCUAUGGCUGCUACCAGGGCGAUUUCAUUUACUCAAGAGCUCAGUAUCCGACCUUUCAGCCUUGAAGGAGACUCAGAAGCAGUGAUCAAAACCUUCAUGGCUAUAGAAGACUCUCUUUCUUCAUUCGGCCACAUCAUCUCUUUGGCUAAAUCCACCUUAGUUACCAAUGAGUGUAUUUCUUUUUCUCAUACUUAUAGGAGUGGUAAUAAGGUUGCUCAUAACCUAGCUAGACAUGUUAGAGGUUUGACUGUUUGGAUGGAGGAUGCUCCUCCCCACCUUUACUUUGUUCUUUUCAUCGAUUCUGGCUAA